AACAGGCCUUCCUGGAAUUAUUCCCGAAACAUUUUCGUUUAGUAUCACGAUGUUCCGAAAACUUCUCACGAUUGCUUUCCUCCCAGCCAUAGUUCUAGCGGGCGGCGAUGUCGUUGCAACGAGAGCCUGUUCCGAGGGUCGUCCGGUUCCGCAAGAAGUACGUGUAGACAAUUGUCCUUCGGUGCCCUGUGAACUUCCCCGCGGAGCGGACGCUAACAUGGAGAUGGAUUUUCAGGCUCCGUUCGACGCCACUACGCUGACAACCAGGAUCAUGGCCACCGCCUUGGGAGUGACGGGUCCGUUCGAACUUCCAGCCGAUCGUGCCCGUGCUUGUGAUUGGUUGAUUGGCUCGCAGUGUCCCGUUUCGCAGGGUGAAGAUGUGACGUACAACCUGCAAAUGCCAGUGCUCAGGAUUUAUCCCCGCAUCAGCUUGACCAUCGAAGUGAGCCUGGUUGACGAGGAACAGCGAACCCAUGCGUGCUUCGAACUGGAUGCUCGCGUCGUUUAG